AUGGAUGACAAUGAAGCUGCUAUCACCAAUAACUGCUCCUACUCGCUGCGCAAGCGGAAGCGACCAGUGAUAGUAGAGCCGGUGGAAUAUGACGACGAUGAUGGCAGCGAUCUGGAUUCGUUCCGAGUGGAAGACGAGGCUAAGGCCUGGGAUAUGUUCUACAGCGAUCGAAGGCAGUCCGAUGAACCGUUCUCAGGAGUCAACGCAAAGGAAGCUGUCUCCAUGAUAUAUAGCGCCAUCAGGCGGAUACGCUCGCCGCCCUUGGUCGACAGUCGUGACUUCAUAAUGGAGGUCGGGCACGGAAAACACCCCCUGAUCUGGGACCUGCAACGAGCAUUCAAAAACUUUGGGUCGUACACUGGGGUAGAGUUCAGUGGAGACAGCAUUCUAGAGGCGAUCAAUCUGCGAGCUCGCACUCAUGAAAGCGAAGAAGCAUCGGACCUCGCUGACAAUGUCGAGUUCCUUCGUGCAACCAGCAUCAACUACUUCAACUCCGACGGCUCGUGCAACGCUGAGGUUAUCAUCCCGGCAGACAGGUAUACGCCGAGGUUAACCGCGGGGUCUGUAACCUUGGUGCUGGCGAAGAGCACGCUAGACUACAUAACGUGCAGGCUUACUGGCAGCGUGUCCACCCUGAACUGGGAUGAAAACCCGAGAAUAUCGCCUGCCGUUGUCGAAAUGUUCGACAGUUUCUCCACCGCGCUCGGAAAAGUCUCCGAAAGCAGGCCUAAAGCCAUUAUAUUUGUCGAACCGGGAGAUUUUAUCAAGUUCCGCGAUCACAUUGCGACCAUCGCACGCGUCAUAUACGACGCGACAUUCCGCAGAAAUUCCCCUGCCAAGUGGCUGCGGCUCACGCAUGUACGCAGGAACAAGACGUACAAGGCGGCCAUAUACACAUUAGAGAAGACGAACCAGGCAUACGAAAGCUACCAGGAGAUGCGUGAUGACAUACGGCAGCUAACUGCGAGGAUAUACGAGCUGAGCGGAGCCCAGGACGACGACUGGCUGCUGCCGACCACGGUUCCUCCAAGGUGGAACACCCAUAACCAUGGCGACUUCGAGCAGCUCUCGGCGAUUUAG